AUGAGAAAUAAUGAAACUUUAUCUUCUCCCAACUGCUGUGUAUCCUUCCAUUCACCUUUCCAUCCCAUGAGUAUGAUAGUCUUAGUCAAACCUGGCUUCAGCCUUCACCAAGUUGAAACAUUACAUCUCCCAGAAAGUGCAUCAAUAGACAACAAAAUCUUCCUGCAAGGAGUUCUCCGAAGGUACAAGAAUAAGACCAUAUUCGGCAAGAAGUUUCCGCCUCAUAGUGCUGCUUUAUGCACAGGACAUAUUUUCGAGACUCCUAGGCACAGUACGCCCUUGCUGGCUGCUCGCGCAGAUGAGCUCACGAUUUGGUGUAGGAAAAUUCUGAGCGGGGAUAAGCUGGACGUGAAUGACCGAAGAAUUGGGAUCGACAUAGUCGACCAUGGCAUUGAUGGUAUUUUCCGUCAAAGACAGCAAAUUCCGGGGAAGUUUUCCGAAGCAGAGAUACCACUAUGA